UAAACAUUGUUUUUCCAACAGCUGAUAACACAGGUUAAGAAAUUUUGUUUCAUUAGAAAUUAUUUAAAAAUGCUUAAGAUAAAAGCUUAAAAUAAACAAAAAUGGUAUCAAUAUUUUCGAGAGUUAAAGACAUAGUAAAAUACAGCAUGAUGUAUGCCUGUAUGACACACUGCACCUUCGAAUAUAUCGGUGACUUUGUAGUGUGCAACGGCCCAUCCAUGGAGCCAACAUUACAUUCGAAGAACGUCCUGCUGACCGAGCGCAUAACUACCCGUUUUCAUAACCCGCGUCGUGGCGAUAUCAUCAUAGCAAUUUCACCCACCGAUCCCAAACAGUAUAUAUGUAAACGGAUUGUGGGCAUACCAGGCGAUCGUAUCGUUUUAAAAAAUAAUACAACGGAUACGAAAACCGAAGAAGAUGCUUUGACAGCCGCAGCAAGUAAAAAGCAAAAACUAAAAGAAUUACAAGACGAAUAUGUACCGCGCGGCUGCAUCUGGAUCGAGGGUGACAAUAGUGAAAAUAGUGCGGAUUCACGUUACUAUGGACCAAUACCUUUAGGCCUAGUGAAAAGUCGUGUUGUAUGCCGAUUGUGGCCAAUAAAAGAAAUGUGUAUGUUAUAGGCAAAAAGUUGAUGGCAAAAGGCCAUCUAAAAAAUCGAAAACAUUUUCUUUAAGUUAAAAGUAUGAAAAUGUACAAAAAUUUAUUAUAACUUUAUAUAAUUACUUUAUAAUUUCUUUUUUCUUUGAAUUAGUUACGAAUUGUAAAAGAGUUAUGGUAUUUAUCAAAAGAAAAAAGUAGUAAACAAAUUAUUGAAUAUACACACUUACGUCGUUUUAACUGAAAA